UACUCCUGUUUCCUCCUCUAUGCCAAACGCUUCUAUUUCUCAUUCUUGCUACUGAAAAACAUCGACUAUAAAGUCUACUCCUUUCUGCUUUCCAUGGCGGGAGAAUCUCCUUCUUCUUCAGUCGUGCUUACCAUGGACGGUCUUGAUGACGUCGACAACUACGUUUGGGCACAUGAACAAGAAGGUUUGGCGUGGGACACAUACCACCAUAUCUUUGAACUUGUGCAUAAUGGAAACAUGUCAUUUCGGGAGAAUCGGUUGGAAGAGGCAAUCAACUUUUACUCAAGAGCAAAUAGCAUCAAACCUGGAGAUCCUGUUAUCCUUGGCAACCGAUGUGCAGCUUAUCUUAGGAUUAGCAAAUUCUUAAAAGACAGAUCUCCAUCAGCUUCAGAAUAUAAACCAUUGAGUGGGCUUGAUCCCACAAUACAUGCUGAACUUGGUUUGAAGGAUGCUGAGCAGCUUGUGGACCUUCUAAGUAAUUCAGUAAGAUCGUACCUCUUAAAGGCUAAUGCGCUUUUUCUGUUAGAGAAAUAUGAAAAAGCCAGAGAUGCUAUCCUUUCAGGCCUUCAAGUUGAUCCAUUUAGCGACUCCUUGCGAUCUUCACUUAAAAGUUUGGAAGUAGCAUCUUCUAGUUUGAUGGAUAUGAAUAGACAUGGACAGCCUGGGAUGACUAGUCAUGGACAACCAGAGCGCACUGAUGACUUUGAUUGCACUGUUUGCCUGAAGUUGUUAUACGAACCUGUUACAACCCCUUGCGGACAUUCUUUUUGCCACUCAUGUCUAUUUCAGUCAAUGGAUCAUGGCAACAGAUGCCCAUUGUGCAGGACAGUUCUUUUUAUCAGUCCUAGAAGGUGUUCUAUCAGUGUGACAUUGAAGAGCAUCAUACAAAAGAACUUUCCCGAAGAAUAUGCCAAAAGGAAGCAAGAGCAUGACAGUUUGACCAACUUUGGUGUGGAUUUGAUUCCUCUAUUUGUCAUGGAUGUUGUCAUGCCGUGUCAAAAGUUCCCACUCAAUAUAUUUGAACCUCGAUAUAGGCUUAUGGUCAGAAGAGUAAUGGAAGGGAAUCAUAGGAUGGGGAUGGCUGUAAUUGAUUCUACAACAGGUUCUUUAGCUGAGUAUGCUUGUGAAGUGGAAAUCACAGAGUGUGAACCACUUCCGGAUGGACGUUUCUAUAUAGAGAUUGAAAGUCGCAGGAGAUUUCGCAUAAUCCGAUCUCGGAAUCAGGAUGGGUAUCGUGUAGCAGAGGUUGAAUGGAUACAGGAUAUCAUGCCUCCAGAAGGCAGUAGAGAGAGACAGUAUUUACAGGAAUUGACGUAUGAUGCAGCUGAAACAGCUCGAUCAUGGAUAAGAAGAGCCAAAGAAGCAGCAAGAGUAAAACAAGAUCAUAGAAGACUUGAGAGAAUCCAGUCUGUUGAACUGAUGAUGCCCAGUCUAAGAGAUCCAGAGCGCUUCAGUUUUUGGCUUGCUUCCUUGUCAAAGCUGAGGCCUUUAGAAAGAUUGGAUCUUAUGGGCUCAAGAAAUACUGGAGAGAGGAUUAGACGUGGACUGAAUUAUCUGCGAGCAGAGGAACAACGCUGCAGAAUUCAGUAAGACUUGCAGUGGCAAUCUAUCAUUGUUUUUUUUUUGGAUACAUCUAUGAUUGUUUUUUAUUACAAGUAAUGUAAGUUUUAUCUUAUUCCAAA